AUGCUUGGACCUCGGAGCCCGCGAAGGACGAACCCAAUCACUUAUGUCCUCGCGAGUGUAUUGGGUAUCUUCUUCCUAUACUUUUUCCUCGCCGACAACACAUCAAUUUCAGCAAUCGCAGUAGCACCUCGGCACUUCCUCAAAAGUAAAGAGGCCGCAUCGCACAUCCUAUCACCACCUUCGCUUCCUUUUCGCAAACCUGCGGCUCUAGGACGAAAUGAGCGCCCACCUCCUCCGCCGGUGGUUCACUACUCCAUGAACAAUAUCACAUCUUCGAGCGAUCCCGUGGGAAACAGAGAGGCGAUACUGAUCCUUACACCCAUGGCGAAAUUCUAUCAGGAGUACUGGGACAAUUUAUGCCAACUUUCAUAUCCUCAUGAGUUGAUAUCUUUGGGAUUCAUCAUUCCGAAGGGAAAGGAGGGUAACUUGGCCACAAAGAAAUUGCAAGAGAGGAUUGCGAAGACCCAGGCUCCAUCCAACAAGAAUCGAUUCGCGUCAAUCACAAUAUUGCGACAGGAGACCGAAUCGGCAGUGUCUCAGGUCGAGUCGCAGCGACAUGCGAUGGCAGCCCAGAAAGAGCGUCGUGCGGCCAUGAGCAAGGCCCGAAACAGUCUGUUGUUUACAACAUUGGGUCCUACGACAUCGUGGGUGCUAUGGUUGGAUGCAGAUGUCAUCGAGACUCCAUCUAGUCUGAUCCAAGAUCUAGCGUCUCAUGACAAACCAAUUAUUGCUCCAAACUGCUGGCAGAGGUACUACGACAAAGAAGAGGGUGCGAUGUUGAGACGAGCGUACGACUUCAACAACUGGCAAGAUUCCACCACGGCACAGGAGCUGGCUGAAAAGAUGGGUCCCGAUGAUAUUAUUCUGGAAGGCUAUGCCGAAAUGGCCACAUAUCGUACAUUGAUGGCGCACAUGGGAGAUGAGCAAGGCGACCCUGGCACGCUCAUGGAGCUAGACGGUGUUGGCGGCACGGCACUUCUCGUCAAGGCCGAAGUGCAUCGUGAUGGGGCCAUGUUCCCACCCUUUUCCUUCUACCAUCUGAUCGAGACAGAGGGGUUCGCCAAGAUGGCCUCGAGGUUAAAAUGGCAAUCUUAUGGUCUGCCUAACUAUUUUGUUUAUCAUUAUAAUGAGUGA